GACGAAGGGGCGUAGUUCGCUGCGUGCGGCGACGUGGCGGUGGGGCCGACACCGGGCAGCGGAAGUGGCUCCAGCGGUGGGACCUGAGUGUUUGUGUUUUCGUUCAUGAAGGAGCCGGCGGCGGACCUGAGGGGAGGAGGCAGAGGGAGGAGGAGGCAGAAUUAGUCGGAACUCGAGCGCCGGCAGCGGCGGCGGCGGAGGAGGAGAAAGGAAAGAGGGAGGCGGAGCGGCGAGAGGCGGAGACGGAGCCCGACAGGGGCGGCACCACGGCAGGAGCCCCGCACAGUCCACUGUGAGGGGAGCGGCGCGAAGAGCAGACGCCGCCACCACCGCCGUAGACACACUCGUCCCACUGGCCACGCCUGGGCCUUGCUGCCUGGAAGCUUCGGCCCCGCAGCUCCGCUUGCUGCUGUCUCAGGUUUCUUUACCUCCAGAAAGAAGAAGAUUGACCCCUUGAAUUCUGGAAGUUCAUUGAAGAGUCUGAAAUUAGGGAUUUAUUUCAAAUUUGGACAUGGCUAAUCGAGGUGCAACAAGACCCAACGGGCCAAAUACUGGAAAUAAAAUAUGCCAGUUCAAACUAGUACUUCUGGGAGAGUCUGCUGUUGGCAAAUCAAGCCUAGUGCUUCGUUUUGUGAAAGGCCAGUUUCAUGAAUUUCAAGAGAGUACCAUUGGAGCUGCUUUUCUAACCCAAACUGUAUGUCUUGAUGACACUACAGUAAAGUUUGAAAUAUGGGAUACAGCUGGUCAAGAACGAUACCAUAGCCUAGCACCAAUGUACUACAGAGGAGCACAAGCAGCCAUAGUUGUAUAUGAUAUCACAAAUGAGGAGUCCUUUGCAAGAGCAAAAAAUUGGGUUAAAGAACUUCAGAGGCAAGCAAGUCCUAAUAUUGUAAUAGCUUUAUCAGGAAACAAGGCUGACCUAGCAAAUAAAAGAGCAGUAGAUUUCCAGGAAGCACAGUCCUAUGCGGAUGACAAUAGUUUAUUAUUCAUGGAGACAUCAGCCAAAACAUCAAUGAAUGUAAAUGAAAUAUUCAUGGCAAUAGCUAAAAAAUUGCCAAAGAAUGAACCACAAAAUCCAGGAGCAAAUUCCGCCAGAGGAAGAGGAGUAGACCUUACCGAACCCACACAACCAACCAGGAGUCAGUGUUGUAGUAACUAAACCUCUAGUUUGAACUAGCUGGAAUAGUCUUCUGCUUCCUAAAUGUUAAUAACAAUGGAAUUGGAGCAUUUAACCAGCCCACUAUGACUUCCAAAAGAAGAGACUUAUACGAUAGAGUCAAGUUUCUAAUACAGAAUUAUUUUAAGUGUUUUGAACUUAAUUUUUAAUAACAUGCAUGGGUCCCUCUCACUAAUGUUUCAGCAAUAGGGAAAAAUGAGAACUAUGUGGACAUUUGUUUCAUUGGAAGGUUAGGGGAAAUAAUUUCCCAUCACUAGAAAUAUAGAUAAAUGACUGUCUGGACCCACACAGUUAACCAGCCCAUUUCUCCACACUGGUACAGUAGUCACCUGUGAAAAAAAAUUUGGAACUUACUAAUUGGAGCUUUUCAAAAACAUUCUUUUUUUAGAAGAAGAUUCUAAAGUUACUUAUGAUGCUUAGCUGUAGUAUUCAGGCAAAUGUUCAUUUCUCCUGGUACCUGUAUUUAAAAUGUACAUUCCACAUUUUAAUGAAUUAACCACAAGAAAAUAAUCCCACAUAUACAAGGUGGGGGUCGGGGGGCAGGGAAGAGUAUUAAUGGUAUCUAAAUUAUAGCCAGUCCUGUUUUUUCAAAUGGGGUAAAAAAAAAAAAAAAUGCAACCCUAUCUUGUUCUAGGAAUUUGAGAACAAUAAAUGCAUCUUAAUGGUUAGUGUUCCUUACAAACAUAUGAAUUCUUUAACAAAAAUGAAAUAAACCAGGUGUCUGUGAUUUCUAAUUAAUCACUGCUGGCCAUUACAUAGAUUUUGUUGUUUGGGGCAGGGAGGGGGCUUUUGUUCCCUUUUGACAUAAUAUAGUCAAUGCACUAACAAUUAUGUAUAUUCAAACUUGAUUUUAAAUUCGAUGUUCAGCUGUACUGUAAAUAGGGUACUGCAUUGUAGUCUCCAUAUAUGUAUUACUUUUCUGUAAUAUUUAAGAGUUGCUUAAAAGUAUACAAAAUGUACAGUUACUAAAACAGCUAAUUAUUUCUCUCUCCCCCUUUGGCAGGAAGGGGCAUCAGUUCCUCCAUGGCUAGAAUCAUAAUAAACAACGUACCCACAAUUUGUAACAUAAAGUAUUGAAAUAUGUUAGUAACAAUCUUGCAGCCACCUUUUCCAAAGUUCAUUUUAUUUUGAUCAGUUCAGUAUAUUGCACUAAUUAUUUUAGGUAUUUUCAUUAUAUGAAAGCUACCAUGUGUCAGAGAUGAUUUAAUCUAUUUAAGUGUUGGACUGCUAGGAGAACUUGUACAUUUAUGAUAAUGCAGAAUUAGGAAAACGGUUCACCAGUGUUUAGUUUUAUAUUGAGGUGCUCAGGUUGGAAUAAAGUGGUAUAAAAAGCAA